AUGUUGGUCAAUGCUCCGAGCUCAAACCCAAAGUACUUGAUCACAUACGCCGUUGGCCGCGCCAGGGCCUUGGCCACGUCGGCCGCGUUCAGCACGUUGGUCUUGAUUCCGUUUCCACGGCCCUCCGUCUUGGCCUGGAUGGCCGGCAUCUUGUACCGAGUUUCUACACAUUUAAGGUGCACCGCCACGAAGAUGCGUGCGUGCACCGCCACUCACAGCGAGUGCGCAACAAGCUUCUGUGUCGUGCGCAGAGCCUCGAACUUGACGUUGGUGUUGGCGCUGCUCAUCAGCGUCAUGAUCUCCGCCUUGGCGCCCGUCUUGUCCAGCACCUUGACCACCUCCGGCAGCACCUUGAUCAGCUGGCUCACGUCGAAGCACACUAUGGCCUGGUUCAAAAACGUCUGCUCCGGGUCCGACGUCUCGCCCAGAAGCGCCACCAGCUGCUUCAGAAUCCGCCAGUUGUUCUCCUUGAACUUGUCCGCGUUCUCGAUCCAGAACUCCUCCGACUUGUGCGACGGAGACCAGUUCAGCUUGCCUGUGUUGAGCUCGUUCUCGAACUCGUCAAAGGUCGUCAGCGUGGUCACGGCCUCGUUGAGGAUCGACAGCAGUGUCUCCAGGUCGCUCUUGAGCUCCUCGUCUGCCCACUUGCGCUCGAUCAGCUGCUUCGUGGUCUCCAGACCCUUGACUAGCAAAAAUUGCUUCACGAGCUGCUCGCGGCCGGUCUCGACGCUCAGCAGGUUCAGCAACGAGCUCACGCUCAGCCGCACAAUCUUCUCCUUCACAGCGUCCCUGGCAACAGAGUACAGCGUGGCAAUCAGCUCUGUGUACUGCGUCUCAAUGUCCUUCAAGGCCUGCGGAAUGAAUGUCAAUAGCCAGAUCGACAUUGUGGCGUACUGCACCGACAAGAAAUUGAGGUCCAGUUUCGUGGAACUGAGCAGCUUGACGCUUAGGAACUCAAACAGCGGCUUCAGAAUCUUCUCCUGGCCGUCGUGCGUCUCGCCGUCGUCCGUCAGCAACAGUGUCAGAACAUAUGCAGAGCUCAACUUGAUCGACUCGUCGUUCGACCCAACAAGCUUCACCAAAGGUCCGUACGGCAACGACGAGUCCAGAUGCGAAAUGCUAAGGAUGUUUUUGGCAAAAUUGGACUUUGGAGCCACCAACGUGUCUAUCAAUGAAACAAGAACAAACCGAACAAUGUCGUCAUGCGGAGCUUUCGAAAGCAACGAAACGAUCUUGGUGGAGUAG